CUGCUCUCGAGCGCGAGCAUGACGCGUGCUGAUCUGAGCGCGUGAACUGUAUUCUCUGUUUCUGGAGUCUCGAGGGACAGACGACUGAAAAGAGAUGAGGAGCAGAAGACGAGUGCAGCAGAGUCUCUGUGUGAUGCCUUCAGUGUGAUUUACUCACUGGUCAGGAUGUGUUUGGACUCCUGAAAUACUCAGCUGAAACAUGACUGAAUAUUCAAACCGCAGUCAGUCCGGCGGCGAAUAUGAAUGGCAUUAUGAAUAUUAUGAUGACGAGGAGCCCGUGUCCUUCGAGGGCCUGAGAGCAAACAGAUACUCUAUCGUGAUUGGCUUCUGGGUCGGACUGGCCGUGUUCGUCAUCUUUAUGUUCUUUGUUUUGACCCUGCUGACAAAAACAGGAGCUCCGCAUCUAGAGAUCCCUGAUCCCAGUGAAAAGCAUCAUGGUCUAGCUGACUGUGUGCUGGAGGUCCACGGCUCUCAGGCGUUUUCUCUCCCGCCGCUGCCGAACGAAUCACGUUCCCUCUUUCACUUCUACAUUCAUGAGGAGGCAGUCAAAGACGCCGUGAUUGGCCGAGAAUGGCAUUGUGGGAGGGCCUCCGGGCUCCGCCUCCAGGGGGCGGCAGAGGAUGAGAGAGGAGAUGAAGACGAGUACUUCCUGUCCGACUUCCACAUUCCGAACUUCGUGAGCUCAGAGCAGAACUCCAGCGUCGGCAACAAUGACUUCCUGCUGUGUGAGCUGCCAAUCAUCACAGACAGCCAAUCAGCUGCGCUGAAGAGCUUAGAGCCCGCCCACACUUCCUAUGAUGUCAUCAGACGCUAACACACAGACUCGUGUUUCACGUGAACAGUGAUUGAUUUUUAAUGAGCUGCUGAUAAUUUUAAGAAGUGCAUAAUAAUGAGGGGAUACAGCUCUUACUGAUAUCUGUUUUUAUUAUUUAAAGAAAUUGUUUAAUUAUGCAGUAUAUUACAAUAGUGAUCUCAUUAGUGUAAGUGAACAUCCUUGCAGUAUUGUAUCAUGGACUCUAAGGUGACUUUAUUUAUCUAGUUACUUUAGUUUAGUUAUUGAGCAAAAUGAUGAAGGAAAGUGAAGUCUUCAUGACACUGAAGAUUCAGAACAGGUUUCUAUGAUUUAUUAGACUGUGUGUUUACAAGUAUUAUAAUAUUUUUGAGAUAAUAUUAUAGGUUUUAUUAAAAGUUUAAAUUAGUUUUUAUUUUUCCAGUUAAAUUUCGUCUUUUUUUAAAUAUUCAUAA